UCACGGUUUUCAGUUAUUUUUUGUUGCGUCGGAGUUUCACGUUUUCCUCAAAUUAUAACUUAUUUUGUAAACUUCAUAUUAUUUGAGCGAAAAUCGUAAUACUAUUAUUUUUUAGUUUAAUAUUAAAAGUUGAUGAAUUGUGAUUCACAGUUAUGACAUUUAAAUUACAGUCAUCGUAAAUUACAUUUGUAAGAAUGUUUGGUUCAGGGUCAGGAGCAUUUUCUGGGGGUGCUGGUAAUACGUCUGGUUUUGGUCAGUCAGCCUUUGGUAAACCUGCAGCACCUGCUGUCUUUGGACAAACUAAUACAUCGCUAUUUAAUCAGACAACACAACCAAAUACUGGACUUUUUGGUACUACUGCUGCUGCACCAGCUUUUGGUCAAACACCAACAGCUCAACCGACAUUUGGAGGUUUCAACACUGGCCAAACAUCACUAUUUGGAACUCCAACUGCUACACAAGCAUCAACUGGUGGAGGAUUAUUCAGCCAGCAAAAUGCUUCAAUGGUGGCCAAUGCUGGAAGUGGAAUAUUUGGUUCAAGUAAUACUAAUACAUCAUUCGGACAAUCAAAACCAGUUGGUACAGGAUUCUCUUUUGGAGCUCCUGCUGCACAGCCAACUGGUAAUUUAUUUGGGACACCUCAAACAAGCACUGCUGGUACAGGAAUGUUUGGCACUGCUAAUACAGGUACAUUUGGCUCUACGCCUGGAUUUGGGGCAUCAUCUGCCGGUGGUACAACUAUAAAGUUUAACCCUGUAACUGGUACUGAUAUAAUGGUAAAAAAUGGUGUUAACCAAACAAUUAAUACUAGACAUCAGUCAAUAACUGUUAUGAAAGAAUAUGAAUCAAAAAUAUUUGAAGAACUUAGAUAUGAAGAUUAUAGUGCUAAUCGAAAAGUUGGUCAACAGGGCGCGGUCAGCAGUGGAUUAUUUGGAUCUUCUAAGCCUUUAUUUAGUUCAACAACAACUACAAAUACAGGUUUAUUUGGAUCCAAUGAAAAUAAACCACUUUUUGGUUCAUCUUCAACAACACCAGGUAUGGGAGGAUUUGGGAAUACUGGUACUACCAAUGUUUUUGGUGCACAGAAUAGUAUAUUUGGAAAACCACAGCAAACAACUCCAGCGUUUGGUGCCCAAGCACCAACUCAAUCAUUUGGUAUGAAUACAACUCAACCUAGUAUUUUUGGAGCCAAUACAGCCCAGACAUCUAAACCAUUUGGAGUUGCAGCCCCUCAAACAAAUAUAUUUGGUAGUACUGCUCCUUCAACUUUUGGUACUCAAACAACUACAGGAUUUGGUCAAACUGCUGGAUUUGGUCAAACUAAUCAGAAUAAUUUAUUUGGUCAGAAUAAACCAGGAUUUGGUAUUGGAGGAACACAAACAACUACUGGUUUUGGUUUUGGAACUAAUACAUCUACUAGUGCUAAUGGUCUUUUUGGAAGUAAACCUGCAAAUACUGGUUUUCAAAUGACUACUCCAGCUUUUGGAACGAACAAUGCUUUUGGAGCUACAUCAGCAGCUCAACCAGCUACUGGUAGUUUGUUUGGUUCUAAUGCAUUUAACAAGACACCAACUACAACAUUAUUUAAUCAACCAGCAAACCAACAAACUGGUGUAUUUAAUAAUGCUGCAAAACCUGGAGGAUUAUUUGGACAAGGAACACAAGGAACAGGAAUUUUUGGUUCAACUAAUACUAAUAAUUUUGGUACAGGAUCUUCAUUUUUUGGUACUAAUCAACAAGCUGGUGGAAUUGGACUUUUUGGAAAUACAAACAAUGUUCAAUUAGCUACAAAUCAAGUGUCACAAAGUAAUCAAAUUCAAUUACAACUAGAUGCAUUAAAAGCAAUGCCAUAUGGUGAUUCACCUUUGUUUAAAAGAUUUUAUAAGGAUGUGUCUAAAGUAGAUGAUUCAUCUCUUGUGCGAACACAAAAUGUAACACUUGAGAAGUUUGGUAGUUAUAAGGUUUCUCCAAUACCAACACCAAAAAGUGCACCCCAAGUUCGUAGAAAUUUCCCACAAUUUAAUCGUAAAUCUUUAUUUGAUGGACUUGAAGAAUCUCCUCCAUCAAUGAAAAAUCGAGAGAAUAAAAUCAUAGAUAAUUCUUUAUUGCUUAAUGUUUUUUCACCAAGAUCAGGCUGCAAAAAAUUAAUUUUAAAAAAAGACUCUAAUGACUGUAGUAAAUUAAAUAGUGGAAAUAGUAUGAUUAUGCAUACUAAACCUCUUGCAAAAUUAGAGUUAUAUUUUUCAAAUAAACAAAGUUCGCCUGAAAAAAAUUCACAAAAACUUGAUUUAUCUAUUAAUGAAGAAAAUAAUACAAUUGCUCAAUUACAAAGCAAUCAGCAAGUUAGUUUGAAUACUUCAAAAGAGACAGAAGUCAAUGAUACUCUGAAAAAUAAUAUUAAUGAUUCUGUUAUUGAUAAUCAAGAUCCUUUGAUUGAUCCUAAUACUCCUGAAGCUGAAGAUCAUCCUACUGGAAUGAAGUUAAGACGCAUUGGAUAUUAUACUAUUCCACCUAUGAAUGAACUGGCUGAAUUGGUUAAUGAAGAUGGAUCAUGUUUUGUUGAUGGAUUUACUAUAGGUCGAUAUGAUUAUGGAAAUGUUUUUUUUCCUGAUCGUUUUAAUGUUGCCGGGUUAGACUUAGACUCUAUAGUUCACAUAAGACAUAGAGAAAUUAUAAUUUAUCAAGAUGAUGAAAAUAAACCUCCAUUAGGCGAGGGAUUAAAUAGAAAAGCUACUGUUACUCUGGAUCGUGUCUGGCCUAAUGAUAAAACAACUAAGCAACCAAUCACAAAUCCUGAUCGAAUUGCUGCUACAAACUUUGUUAUAAAACUUCAAAGGGCAUGUGCUAAAUUAAACUCUCAAUUUGUUGAUUAUCGUUCAGAUACAGGGUCUUGGGUCUUUAAUGUUGACCAUUUCUCAAAGUAUGCUCUUAUCGACUCAGAUGAUGAAGACGAAGAAAAUGUAGUGGUUAAUAAUAUUGAAUCUAAAACUCUUCCAAAACCAAUUUCACAAAAACCUAAACUUACAAAACCAGCAGAAAAUCUAAGCCCAAAACCAAAUGUUAUGAAACCAUUAUUAGAUCUUUCUGUUGGUCUCGACAGGACUCAAUCACCUAAUCAGUAUUUAUUGAAACCAAAUAUGCAACUUUCAACAAUUAAUCAACUAUCUAAUGAUUCACGCAUUAUGCAUUAUAAUGAUAACAAUAAAGAAAAUAGCAUCAGUGUAACUGCUCAAUUGUCACAACAUAUGAAUUUACAGCCACAUAAGAUUCAAUGUAUGAAAGCUUCAUUUGAUGACAUUUUUUAUAAUGAAUUUGAGCCAAUGGAACAAGAUGAUACUUAUGAACAAAAAGAUAAAUUUGAAGAUAAGUUGGAAAAAAUUUUGGAAACCAUUCCAGAGUAUAUAAUUAGUCCUAAACAUUAUGAUGGAUUUUCCAAGUCUAAGUCCAUUAUCACUCCAACAGAUAAUCAAGUGUCUCCAAAAUGUUUCAUUUCAAAACAAAAAAAAAAAGUUCAAGUGAUUGAAGUUUUAAAACCAGUUUUAACUGCUCCUCUUCAAGCUCAACGGUUCAACCUAAAAUAUGGUUCCAGUAUUCGUAUACCAUUUGAAGUGAAAUUAAAUAACUCUUGUGAAUCUAGUAAAUUGGCAUUGCUAGAUACUUCAUCACUAAAAAUUCCGUGGUCAUACAAUUUAUCAUUCAUUUCACUGAAUACAAAAUCUAAAGAAAGUUUUAUGUCAUCAAAAGGAAUAGACAUAAGUUACUUAGCAACAGAAUUGUCUGGACGUGGAAAAGAUGAUUAUUCUCCCACAGUUGUUCAAAAAAUACAAAUUUUAACUCCUCUUCCAACUGAGACAUUCAUUGAAUUAUUAACAGAACAUCUACAAAUUUGUAUGACAAAUAGUAAUUGUGAUGUUGAAAAAAACUUUCCAUAUUUUUAUCCAACUUCUGGAGUAGAUGCAUUACAUUCACAUUGUUAUUUAUUAGCACAAUUUUCGGAACUUCCUGAAGAAAAAUGCUAUGCACAUGUAUGGGAAUUGAUUAAAGCGUUAUGGGGCGAUCCUGAAAAUUUAUUUACAAAAGACUGCCCUCAAGAACAUGUAUACAAUAUGGCUAGACGUCAAGCUGUGUCUGAUUGGCUAGAAACUAUAUUGGAGAAGAUGGAAGAUCUUAAAUGUACUAAUGAUUCUAUAUCCAAAAAAAUGUUAAGACUGGUUUCAGCCCACAAAAUUAUGGAAGCUUGCGAUUUAGCUAUUUCUAAUAAUGAAUUCAAUUUAGCUAUGCUAUUAGCACAAUUAGGCAGUGAAAAUUCUGUUAGAUGUUGCAUUCAACGACAACUUUGGCAAUGGUUCAAUAGUAAAGCUGAUUUAUUCAUAGAUAUUGACCAUCUUAAACUGUACACCUUGAUAUCUGGUCAACCUUUAUUCGAUUCUAACCAAGGAAUAGUAAAUGUUUGUGAAAAUUUAGAUUGGAUUAGAGCUUUUGCUCUGCACUUGUGGUACAUACAGCCUCCAUCUGGUACUAUUAGUGAUGCAUUGGAUGCUUACGAAAGUUCAUUCGAAAGCGAUGACCCAUAUGCAUGUAAACCAUACUAUUCACAUAAUGGUUGUACAAUAGAUAAUAAUGAUAUAUUUGCAACAUUUGAUGUUUGUUACCAUUUAAUGAAACUCUAUACAAAUUCAGCGUAUGAAAUUUACAAAAUUGUAAAUCCUCUUUCACAUACGCAAGAUCCUUUAGAUUAUAGUUUUAGCUGGCUUUUGUAUAAUACAUUACAGUCUCUAGGCUAUACACAAAUGACGGAUACAUAUGCUAAUCAGUUACAUUCAAAUUUUGCUUCACAAUUAGUAUCACAUGGACUAUGGCAUUGGGCUGUAUUCAUUCUACUACAUAUCAAAGAUGAUCAAUUAAGAGAAAGCUCAGUUGAAGAGGUAAUUGGAAGAAAUGUUGAUCUCCCUGAAGGUGAUAUUGAAGACAUUAUUCUUUCAGAGAAAGAAAAAUUUGUAGUUGAAAAAUUAAACAUUGAACAUGAAUUAAUUUACAAUGCUAAGGCUAUUUUAGCUGCAACAUAUAAAAAGUAUUUAGAAGCAACAAUUUGUUACCUAAAAGCAAAACGGUGGGAAGAAGCUCAUAAUGUACUUGUGAGUCAUUUACUUGCAGAUUUCAUUCUACAAAAAGAAGGCAAAAACACAUUGAAACAAUUAUUGAAUUGGUUAAUAGAAGGAUCCAAGAUAAAUGAUUCAGUACCUACAGUUAUGCUAGAUAGCUUAACUCUACUAGACUAUUUAAAAUUUGAUGAAAAAGUAAAUAAAAUGACUUCUGAAAAAGCAGUAACAUAUAUCAUAUCAUUAUGUGAGCGAGUAUCAUAUUUCUCCGAAAAGACUAUUGAAGAAAGAAUGAUUAAAACUGAAGUAUCAAGUUCCAUAGCUUUGCAAAUCGGACAAUUAAUAACAAAAAUUGAACCAGAAAAUCGUAAGAUUUUAAAAUCUUUAGUUCAACCUUUGAACAAGUUAACACUUACUGAAGAUUAUGCAUUAGAUGAAUUAGUACUCACAAUAUCUCAUUGUAUUUAAAUGUAUUUGAGUUAUCUUUUUUCUUUUUUAUUGAAAUUAAAUUUCUGAAUUAUAUCCUGAAUUUUAACCUUGAAAAUAUAAUUAAAAAGUUGUAAAUA